UUUCAGCGGAAUUGACCGGAGAAGGGGCAUCAGUUCAUGCACUGCACUGGCCUGCACCACGAUUAGUAUAAGAUCUGAUUUGGUAACUUCCAUCAAUAAGUAAGAAACUCACGUCCUUAAAUAAAUUCCUAGUGUUAAACAAUUUGCUUAUUUGGCUAUUUCCAAAUAUAGCACUAUUUGUUUAAUCUGAUAUACACUGACAAUGACAUCACGCUGGUCAAGGAGGCGCAAAUUACGGAAAAUGGUUGAGGCAGCAGAGUCAGAUAUACUCAGGCACUUUAAAGAGAUGGUUGCUGAAAAACAUAACCAAAACGGCAAUGCACAAGUUAAAGUUAAGCGACCGCAGGUUGCGGAAGAGUCUGGUGUGUCCCACUGUUGUCACCCAGGUAUAGACAGUCAAGUAUUUACCAGUCGCUAUGAGCAGAUUUCAGAAGUAUGUGAGACCUAUGUAUCACCCGACAAGGAUAAUGACUGUGACCGCAGUUUUCCCCCCCAGCACACUGACAGCAGGCAUCAUAAUGCCCCGCCCAGCUUCCGGCACCUUUCGCCACUCCGGCAAAACACACAAAACGACACAGCUUUGCAAUCUCCCCAGCAUGCAGAGUCAGAUGUCGAGGACUUCUUUAUAGAUGAUGCGACCUCACAAAAGAUGUUAACGAUGCUGUCAGACCUGACCAGAGCAGUUAACGAACUCCGUGAGGAGGUCAGAGCCAUCCGCCAUCCCUGCUGCAAUGAAUCGGUAGAUGCUGGGGUACUGCCUCUGGAUUUGCCCUUGCACAACAUUGAGGAGCUAAACAAUGCAGAGGCAGCUCUUCAAUCACAAGAAGCAAAUAAGGCAAUGGUGAGACGCUUUGCCUUGAUUGGAGGGACCACACUGGAGGGCUUAUGCCAUUACAAGCGAGCUGGCCUCGGUACUAAACUGGGCAGGGAAAAAAACCAAGGACCAGACAAAGCAAAAAAGGGUAUUUAAAGAUACAGCGCUGUGCAGAUGCAUAUUUGAUGGCCUUACGCAGCAGUUAGGGGCAAACUCUAUGUCCGAGUUCGUCUUUGCACAAGCAGUGCAGAAAUGGCUCCGAUACGCCCCAGAUCGUUUGGGUGGUGCAGGACGCACAUCAUGCAUCCCCAUCCCAGAGUAAAAAAUUACAAACUUCUGUGAAACAUAUAAAUGUAAAUAGGAAACUGUCUUUUAAUAAAGUAUUUAGCAAAC